AUAUUAAAAAUUAAUAUUAAUUUUCUCUGUAAGCAAACUUAUCUUCUCUUUAUGUAUAAUUUCGCUCUAGGCUGCACCUGAAACCACCUCGGAGCUUUAAUGAAGUAAAUAGCUGCUCCAUCAAAUUGUCGUCCGUGUGUGAAUGUCUCGUUGGCAUUGGAGUUGAAAAAUGAUUGUCUUCAAAAGUCUUCGGAAAUACAAUUUAUCUCAUCAAAUCGCCACUGGGGACCAAAGGAGGUCGAAGAAGAAGCUGGUGGAAUCAGCCCAAACUAGGCUCCAGAACAGAACAAGAGACUCUAAACUCGACAAACUCGCCACCAAACUCAAAACCCUCAAAACCAUUCUCUCAAUACACCAACUUCUUUCCACUCGCAAGCGUGGUCCCUUCCUCUCCGUUCAGUUGAUGUCGCGCUGGAAAAACAUUCUCGGAUUAAAUGUCCAUAUGGGCAAGUUUAUCCACAAAUAUCCUCAUGUUUUCCAGGUAUUUACACACCCUUUGAAGAGAAAUCUUUGUUGUAAAUUGACGCCUAGGAUGAAAUAUUUGUUAGAUUUAGAAGAUAGUGUUAUAAAAAUGUGUGAAUUGGAUGCCGUGAGUAGAAUCAAGAAGCUUUUAUUGAUUUCCCAAAAUGAGUCUCUUCAUAUUCAUGCUAUGAGGUUGAUUAGAAGAGAAUUGGGUUUACCUAAAGAUUUUAGGGAAUCUAUUUUAAGGAAAUAUAGUAGUGACUUUAGAUUGGUUGAUCUGGAGACUGUUGAAUUGGUUAAUCGAGAUGGGAAUUUAGGUGAUGCUGUGGUUGAAAAGUGGAGGGAGAAUGAAUACAAAGAAAAAUGGUUGAGUGAAUUUGAGGUUAAGUUUGCGUUUCCUAUUAAUUUUCCCACAGGGUUUGAAAUUGGGAAAGGAUUUAGGGAGAAGUUGAAGAAUUGGCAACAGCUUUCUUAUAUUAAACCUUAUGAGAGGAAACUGAACUCAGUGAGGGUUCGUACUUGUGGCGGAGUUGAGAGGUUUGAGAAGCGUGCUGUUGGUAUAAUUCAUGAGUUGUUGAGCUUGACAGUUGAAAAAAUGGUUGAGGUUGAGAGGUUGGUGCAUUUCAGGAAAGAUUUUUCUAUGGAAGUUAAUGUGUUAGAGUUGCUUCUUAAGCACCCUGGAAUUUUUUAUAUAUCUACAAAAGGGAGUACUCAAACAGUUUUUCUUAGAGAGGCCUAUAGUAAAGGAUGCUUGAUUGAGCCCAAUCCAAUAUAUGAUGUUAGAAGGAAAAUGUUGGACCUUAUUUUGUUAGGGUGUCAAAAUACUAGAGAAUUGCAACACCAAGAAUACAUUAAGGAAGAGAUUGACAAUGGAGUUGGUAAAAUAGAUGAGGGAGGUACAGGAGAUGGUGACUGGGUUAUUUCAAUAUUGGAGAGUUCAGAGAAUGGGAACUCAGAUUAAAAUUUUGGUAAGAUUUGUGGUUUAUUUGAUGAAGAGUUUGAUGGCUGCUCUGAGCCUAGUAGUGAAAGUGAACAUGCUUUCAGGGGUGAUUUAAAUUAACUAGAUGACAAUCCUUUUACUCUUGCAAGAAAACAUCUUCUCUUGUUCAAAUAGUUUUGAUUAUAGCAUCAUGCCUUGGAGAAAUUUGAGCAAUAAAUUUAUUGAAUAAAUUGCCUCAAAAUAUGAGAUGCUUUCUGUGCUUUGAGAUACUAUUGUUGAAAGCCUUAUGCAGAAUCUUGCUAAUAAGUUUCUUGCUUUCUUCCCCAUCUUUGUUUUUUGUUAAGGAGCCAUCCAGUUGGCUCGAAUGCUUUUUGGUCAAUUGGUCUUAACACAAUAGACUAUUUAAAAAUUGGAUACGUGUAUAUUGCUAAUCUGAAUUCAAAUUGUGCUA